UAAGGGCAGAUUUGGAACUGGCAUGUCUAUCAUGGAAAUAGAAAUACCGACUGGGUUUAAAGCUUGCGAAGUUGGAGAUCCAUUUCCUGACCCUUCUUGCCUAAAAGAGCUUAGUCAAGCUUUGGGCCUCGAUUAUGAGUUAAAUUCGAGAUAUGUAACGUUUUACUUGGAAGAAAUAAAUUCAUACACAGCGACAUGCAUCGAAUUCAAGGCUACAAAGAAGUAUACUGUUUCUCAUGUAGCACCAGUGGAAGCUAAGGUAUUCGAGAAGUCUGACCCAGACACUAGAUGCUCGAAAUUCUAUUCACCUUCUGGUGCAAGUGCAACAUUAGCACUAAUUGGGUGUGAACAAUCUACACUUGGUGAGCCGUCGGUUCAAGAUCCAAUAUGCAUAUGUGGUGCAGGCCUUUGUCCAAAGAUCAAGGAUAUUGACAAUCGUCUUUGCAAUGUUUGCAACCACCAUCAUUACGCAUACAAAGUCAAGGUAAAAGCAAUAGAAAAGAAGAACACCUGGAUCAAGCACAAGUGCAAAAUUGAACAAAUUCUGAAACCUGGCGGCAACAAUCUUAAAGUUAACGACACAGUUCUGCUUUGGAUGCAAGAAGUCUGCAAAAUGUCAGCCAAAUUUCGUGUAGGCAAUGUCUACCACAUCAUGGGUCUAGACGGAGAAAAAUAUAUUCUUGAUCAAAAUUCACAUAUUGAAGAGUGGCCAGAAACUAUUCCAAAGUACGAUACAGGUUGUUUAAAGACAAGUGAAAAAGAUUGCAUCAAAAAGAAAUGCCGCAAGCUAAAAGGUAACAGGAAGAGGAGCUGUGAGAAGAAGUUCAAGAGCCAGUGUGCGAAAAAGGCAAAGAGAGACUGCGUAUCUGGAUUUUAUCGAUAUUUCAACAGCAUAACAGAGAAUCCCAACGUAUGUGAAAGAAGUGACUUGUGCUAGUAAGCAGACAAGACAGACAACGCUUAGUCGGUCACACGACACGCAUAUACAAGAACUUAUUAGCUGUGCUUUAGCUUCCCUAGUUCGUCUCUCCAACUUCAGUGUGCUAACGUUGUGGUAGAUGUAGGUCUUAUUUGCGCCUGCUUUUGCUAUGAAGGAAGACUAC